AUUUGUGCUCCGUGAAGGGCGAUUCGUGGGGGCUUGCCUCUUCCACAUGCUCGACGUUGAAAGGCGUGGUCUUCGAUCUUGACGUUUCUUCUACCAAUUCGAAGUUUUUUUUUUUUUCAAUUCAAAUCAAUCGCAAUAACCUCAUACAUGGAUUCGUGGCUUCGAUUGAUCGAUAUGUACUCAUGGGAUUUUGCGGUUUUGGUGGGUGCUCUCCAAGUGUUUGUUGGAAUGCCUCAAUGGCUUUGUUACUUGCCAUUUUGAGCUCGACUAGGGAGUGCCCAAAAGUUUCUCUUCCACGAGUGCUUCGUUUCGAUUGAGCUGAUCGUUUGAUCUUCCGGCUAUAAUGGCUUUCAGGCAGAGAUUUCAACAUUGUCUUUACAGAGACUUCAAUUUCACACUUAUGUGUCAGAGAUAUUACAGUUCGAAAAUAGACUGGAACAAGCUUCGGCCUAUGAUUCUAAAAAGAAUCCGAAACAGAGCAAAUGAUUAUCCUGUGAAGAACAUGAUUCCUGUAGCAGAGGAAGUAAUUAGGGCCAGAGAACUUUUGAGAGAAGGUGUCUCUGGUCUUCUCAAAGUUAUUCCUGUUAAGGCAUGCAAAUUUUGUCCUGAAGUUUAUAUCGGUGAGACAGGCCAUCAGAUGAAAACCUGCCAUGGUUUCAAGCGCAUGAUCAAAGACCAACAACACAAAUGGAUCGAAGGGCAUUUAAAAGACGUGCUUGUUCCUGUUGAAUCCUUCCAUCUCCAAAACAUGUUCCAACCUAUCAUAAAGCAUGAACAGAGGUUCGACUUCGCCCGUGUCCCUGCUGUUCUUGAGCUCUGCUACCAAGCCGGCGCAGAUAUCCCCGACGAACUCCUCCAAAACCAUGCCCAAACCGAAAGUGCUUCUGUAUCUCUGCCACCAGAACCACUUACUUCAGCAGCUCAAUCAACAUUAGAGGCUUAUGAGAAGGUUAGAUUGGGAGUGCAGAAGCUGCUACUGGUCUAUCCAGCCAAGGUGUGCAAGCAUUGUUCAGAAGUCCACAUUGGGCCGUCGGGCCACAAGGCUAGGGUUUGUGGGAUGUUCAAGUUUGAAGGGUGGCGGGGAUCACACAUGUGGAGGAAGGCUGAGGUGGACGAUUUGGUGCCACCAAAGGUGGUGUGGCACCGCCGGCCCCAUGACCCACCUAUGCUUGUUGAUGGUGGGAGGGAAUAUUACGGGCAUGCCCCUGCCGUUGUGGAGCUUUGUAUGCAGGCGGGGGCAAGGGUACCUACUAAAUACUUUUGCAUGAUGAAAGUACAUGGUCUUGCACCACCCACAACACUGCAGCGAUAAUCUCAAAAUGAAGUUCACAGCAGAAUUAGAUUAACAGAUGAUCAUUGAACUCGAAUGGCGUCAGAAUUAUGAUGAACAUGACAACAGUUUUGAUAACAUGGUGUCCGCUUGCAUUUGCCGUAAAUUUUUUCUUUUGCAAAGGCCCCUGAUCCUUGAGAACCUAAAGGGCAAUGUUGCUUCCUAUCGAGUUUCCUACCAACCUUAUGUCCAUAGGUUGCUCAUUAAGGGGUUGAAACUAAUUCAUCUUGUUUUAUACAUAACCUUAUAUUCGCUCGCUGUAAUUACAUCACACCGCUGCAUAAUAAUGGUGUUUCUUUUUUCCAUUGUAAGCUGUGAAGUUUUCAGAGUAUGUUAUCUCUUUCAAAAAGUAUUGUUGGCGGUUUUGCCUUGGUGGAAUA